CCCUUCCUUUCCCCGAUUUGUGCAAAUGUAAUUAGAAAAACUAUGUGAGUUGAGGCCGGCACUGAAUAGAGCCCGAUUGCUAAAUGCAGCUGAAAUGCAAUUGAAAUUGAAGUAUUCGGACUUUCCUAUAUGAAUCCAAAGUCAGCUACUGUCAAGAAAAUUCUCUUUGUUGUCCCUUUCGCAUAACUUCGUGCCUGCACUCACUCAGAUAGCGAAAGGAACAAAGAACAUCAUCUCCCAACCCCCACCCUCCUGUCAUUGUAUGCAAUCCAAAGUUUUUGUCUUUUCACUUCUUGUCUUUUCUUUAUAAUUCAACCGAUAUCACCGCCAUUUUCAGCGGGAAAAGUUCUGCUUCUCAAGUUCCAAUUUUUUGACCAUUCACUUUAUUAACGACGUGGGGUUGUGUCAUAACGUUGGAGAGUAGGUUGUGAAAUGAACAAAAUUCAGGUACUGCAUUUUCUUUGUCUUUCUUGAAUCUUGUAUCUUGUCUUUCUCGUCUUGUUCAGCUGUUUAGGCUGUUGGGGUUUUGUCUGUGAUGAAAAAGAGUUGUUGGAGUGAAUUUGGGUUUAGUAAUUUUUCGUGCUUGAAUUAUUUUUAGAGCAAGCAGGCUUUAGGGGUUUAGAAUCUGAUGGAAAGUGGUGAAGUUCUUUGAUCAUAAGAUAUAAUUUAGCACACCAAAAUUUGGAGCUGCUCGACGUACUAGCCCUAUAACGGAAUUAAACCCGAUAGUGUUUUCAAACUUAGGGGAGGAUUUCGAUUAAGUUGUUUCCGAGUUGGUUGUUUCACUAUUGUAUUAUCUGAUUCUGAUGGCUCAGCCUAAUUCUAAGCCACCCAUCAGCCAUAAUUUUGGUGGGGGAGCUUCUCAUACAAGGUCUUUAUCUCAACCGAGUAUUUUCUCAAACAAUGGCCUUCCCCCAUUGAGCCCGUUUCCUCAUAGUGAGUCAUCUAUGGCAUCAGCUAACUCUAGUUUGAAGGACACAUCGAUGGAGGAAGUUGAUGUUAGUUCCCGAGGACCACCAUUUGUCUCCUCUUCAACAAGGGAAAACACAUUUCGAUGUAGUGAUAGUCUUCCUCCUAAGAAAGGGCAUCGUCGCUCUAAUAGUGAUGUUCCGUUGGGAUUCUCACCUAUGAUUCAGUCUUCACUGCAGUUGAUGCCCAUAAGUGGCCAGGGAGUUGUGGGUGGAGCAACGCUGCUUGGAGAUCCCUUGCGAAGGAAAUCAGGGGGAGAGGUUGUGGACAAGUUGUCUUCGUACAUGAAUCUUGAAAACAUGGAGGCAUUGAACUCUUCUAUUACUGAGGAUAAAGUUAAUGAUAGCAUUGCCAGUCGCACAAAAUUAAGCGGUGGCAACAGCAGCAAUAACGAAGCAGAAAGUGUCUCGAAAGGAACUAGUAUCAAGAGGAGUGCUGAUGCAGAUAUUACUCCCACCACCCGACAUUUUAGGAGUCUUUCAAUGGAUAGUGCUAUUGGAAGUUUUCAAUAUGGUGAAGAGUCACCAAAAUUAACAACUUCCCUGGUAAACUGUCCGGGGCAGCUUUCAUCAAGUAAGUCUAGAAAUGAAAACUCAGACAAGAUCAAUUUCGACUUAGGAAACGGUGAAUUUAGUGAAGCUGAGAUGAGAAAGAUUAUGGCUGAUGAAAGACUGGCAGAGAUUGUAGUUUCAGAUCCUAAACGUGCCAAAAGGAUAUUGGCCAAUCGUCAGUCAGCAGCUCGAUCCAAGGAACGUAAAUUGCACUAUAUUUCAGAGUUGGAAUAUAAGGUUCAGACUCUUCAAACAGAAGCAACCACUUUGUCCACACAAGUGACCAUCCUACAGAAAGAUUUUAAUGAGCUUACAAGCUUGAACAAUGAGCUGAGAUUUCGCCUUCAAGCCAUGGAACAACAAGCACAGCUCAGAAAUGCUCUGCACGAGGCAUUAACUGCAGAAGUCCAGCGUUUAAAGCUUGCGAUUGGGGAACUUAAGGAAGGACGGUUGCCUGAUAGCAUUGCGCGACAGAUGCCUAUGAAACCUAAUAUGUUCCAGAAGCAGCGUCAGCAGUCUAGUGAAAUCCAACAAUUUUCUGUCGCGAAACCAAACACUGCAACAAAGGCUUCAGCUACACCCGCUUCAGCCUAGUGGAUGAAAACAAAGCACUGGAGUGGAGAGACAUAUUAUUGGUCUCAAACGGUAAACAGUGCUAAAAUGUGAGCUCUUGGAUUUGUAUCUUUACAGCUUUGUAUCUUUUUGGAUAGUAGUAUUUAUUCAUUCACGUAAUAGACCAUUCAUAUGUUAUUGUACUGAUUAUAAUGAAAAAUAGAGUCGGACGUCAAGCCAAAUUUCCUUUGAUUUGUCGUCUGUUUCUAA